GCUCGUCGGGCGAUGACGUCAGCAGCAGCGGCGGCGGCUAGGUGUCUCCGAGCAGUAGCGGGUGAACGACGCGGAACAAGUUACGAUGGUCCUCAUCAAAGAGUACCGUGUGGUUUUACCAUGCAGUGUGGAGGAGUAUCAAGUGGGGCAACUGUUUUCUGUGGCUGAGGCCAGUAAGAACGAGACGGGAGGUGGCGACGGCAUCGAGGUGCUGAAGAACGAGCCCUACGAAGAGAAUGGAGUGAAAGGACAGUACACACACAAAAUCUACCACCUCAAGAGCAAAGUCCCAGGCUGGAUCGACCGCUUAUCUCCUAAAGACUCUCUGGUAUUUCAUGAGAAAGCUUGGAAUGCGUAUCCGUACUGCAGAACCAUUGUGACGAAUGAGUACAUGAAAGACAAUUUCUUCAUUAAAAUUGAGACUUGGCACAAACCAGACCUUGGCAACGCAGAAAAUGUGCACAAUCUAGACAGUGAAACAUGGAAGAAUGUUGCUGUUGUGCCAAUCGACAUCGCAGACAGAAGUCAAGUGUCUGCUUCUGACUACAAGAUGGAAGAGGAUCCCGCCCUGUUCAAGUCGGUGAAGACGGGCAGAGGACCUCUUUCACCCAUCUGGAAGCAAGAGCUUGUUAGUAAUGCUGAUUGCCCAAAGAUGUGCGCCUACAAACUGGUGACGGUGAAGUUCAAGUGGUGGGGCCUGCAGACCCGAGUGGAGAGCUUCAUUCAUGAGCAAGAGAAGAGGAUCUUCACUAACUUCCACCGCCAGCUCUUCUGCUGGAUCGACAAGUGGGUGGACCUGACGAUGGAGGACAUCCGACGGAUGGAGGCGGAGACGCAAGCCGAGCUCGACCAGCUUCGCGUGAAAGGUGACGUUCGAGGAACCAGCGCUUCAGACAAAUGAA